AUGCUGGGAGUAAAUUAUGAGAGUAGUGAUGAAGAAGAGGAGCUCCCAGCGACGGCGACUAAGUUGGCAAAUGUUCCUGUAGCAGCCGCACCCGCGCCUGAGGUCCUUCCUCAACCGGCUCUACGCAAAGCCACUCCACCAUUGUCUGCUCCAGUUAAUGGACCUGCGCAAGAUCCGACUGUGUCGCCGCCUCCAGUAGACAACGAUGCCGCCGACGGUGUUCCUCCGGGCUCGCCAUACACAUCAAGUCGAGCCAUCAUCCAAAACCUUACCUUGCCCACCGUGCCUGAUUUCGACAUACCACCUUCGCCGCCAGGGCCGCCGCCGCAACGGGCGACGAAAAAGUUUGCUCAAUUCCUUGAGUUGAAGACGAAAGGCCAGCACUUCAAUCAACGGCUGGCGAGUUCCUCAGUACUGCGUGACCCAGGCCAUUCGCAAAAACUGAUGGACUUUGCUAGGAUCAGUGAGGAGGAACAAUACGCUUCUACGCUUCCAGAAGGUCUUGCUGUACCUGCAGUGUUCCCUCCUUGGGCCUAUGUCGAGGAGCUGAGGGCCUCGCAGAAGAGGAUUCUCAAGACAAGGGAACAGGAGAAAUCUAAGAUACCGAGGGAAGCCAUUGAUUUCGUCUCUGCCACGAGAUCUGGUAGCGCGAGUCGCACAAGCACCCCGUCUGGAAAGGCAUCUAUUUCGCAAAAUGCAGGCAAGAGGAAGGAACUGGAGCACAGAAGUCGAGAAGGAUCGCCUAAGAGGAGACGGUGA